ACCACCAACUCUAUCCAGCAUCACCAGUCAAACAAUCAAAUCCAUCAAGAUGUCUGACUCAACCAAACCCAAGACACCGUUUAUUUCUAGCGGGCAUAUGCUCCAGAAGCCUCCUUUGUCGACUCGUAUUGUUCGAUGGAUUGAUAGUAUUUACAUGUUUUUUGGUCUUUAUCUCGUAACUUUGUUUGCGCUCGAUUCCUACGCCGCCGCAGAUAAAUCCCAAUUCAACAUCGCCUCGUCCCGAAACCAUCCCUGGACAAAACCUCGCUGGGGCGGUAGCACAGACCGACGAAACAACGGCUGGUUCAGUGGUGGUGGCGGUGGUGGUAGUGGUGGGCGACCGGAUGAUGAUGGUAGUGGAUUUGGUGCAAGAAGGGUCCAUCGGCUUAAUGACUACCAGUCUCCUGUGUAUAGGACCGGUUGCUGUCGAGAAUAGACUACGGUGUAAGCAUUGGCAGACGGUCUUGCAGAGUUGUGAAGGUGGAAACUGUUCUGGGGGUGGAUAUCACCCAGGUACAUAUGUUGCAGCUCUACGUGGGAUUUGGGGAUUCGAACGCAAUUAUGCGGAUGGAAUGUUUAUACUCUAUUUUUCUUAUUAAUUGUUCGAAUAGUUGUCUUAGUUAUGUCUACUAUUGAAUAUGUAUUGAUAUUCAAUCACGUGGCACAAAUGGAGUGGACAGGUGGACAGCUCUCAGUAAACGUGGGG